AUUUUUCGCAAUCCUUUGCUCCUUUCCAGUAACCAUCACAGCAAGCACUAGAAACAUGUGCUGGUAAUUGGAUGCCAAGUAAUAGUCUGUGGGAGAUUCGACUGCAUCUUUAUCACAACAAAUUGUAGGUCUCUGUGGACAGUUUUGACUUGGCUGUGCAGCUGGUUGUCACUGGAGUGGUAACUGGUGAGGAAGGAGAGGAGAGCUGAGACAAAGACUGUGGUGCUUGGUGGUGGUGGUUGUGUUUCAUGCAGGAAUUACUUGGUGCUUGUGGAUUAAGUACCACUGUAUCUGGGAACAUGCCAGCUCUCACCUUAUCAAUGGAACACCGGGCAGAGGAGACUUUUAGCACGGAGAUGAGUAUGUGAUGGACUCGGCUGUCGUCCAAUGGAAAGAAGUGGUGGCCAAGAAAGCCAUCAUGACCAGACUGGCCGCUCUAAUAAUGCCGAUGCCAAGUUGAGGAUUGGUGGUAGGCUACAAGGGCAGUCUUCAAGCCGCAGCCAUGAAGUCGUCUCCCCCAAACCUGUUGCCAACAGUCAGACAACAGGCAACAGGCUGGAGGUCUACAAAGUUGAAAAGAAAAGGCUGAAACUGGAUGUGGACAAACGGGGCAGUCUUCCAAGACAACCUGACAGAAUAAUAGAUCCAGCAGUGUUACCCAAAUUUCCAGGAGCAAGUCCUUUCAAUCUCACCCAGGUAGUAGAGUCAGCUAAGGGUCAGAAAGCCAAUACAGCUCAGAAGGCACAGUCCAAAACAAGUCAGACCGCUACUCCUGCCAAAAAUCAAAAAAGUCAAAAAAUAUCCAAACCUCAGAUUAAGAUCACCCAAGUCACUGAUGCUGCCUUGAAGAAGGCAAAGAAAGCUGAGGAUUCCAAAAAGACCUUGCUCAAAGGAAGCCAAAAGGUUGAAGAUUCAAAUAAUUCCAAACCAAAGGUAUCCAAGGAAGACCAAAACAAUGACUCCUCCAAGAGUAAGACUAAGUCUACCAAAACACCGGAAGACUCCACUCACCCCAAAACGGACAAGAAAGAAAACAAAAAAACUAAUGACUCAACAGCUCAAAAGGUCGAGAUUGAGAAAGAAGGUAAAAAAAAUGAAACUUCAAACAAUCAGAAACCACAAAACCCAGCAGAUACUACAGUGUAUAUUAGUGAAACACCUAAAGUCCCAACAAGCCAAAAUUAUGAGGUUCCAAAUAAUGAGAUUACUAAAGCAGCACGCAGUACAGAACCACCCAUCACAAGACAACCAACAGCAGUGCAAUCUCCAACCAAGGUCACAUUCAAGGUCGAAAGACCUGAGCGACCGGAGGAGGUCCACAUCGACAUGUCUCGUGUCUCUGACAAUCCCCGGUCAGUACAUUCCACAUCAGAAGGAUUUCAAAGACACUUUGUACGUUUGGGAUUUCCAAGUGCCCCUUUCAGGAGGAUAGUUCAUGUGACGUCUAAGAGUGUAUGUUUUAAUUGCUGUACAACAUUUCUACUGCUUCUUGUUUCUUUACUCCUGUUUGGCCCCGUUGUGAUCCUGGUGGCUCUCAUGGUUCCAGUGUGUGUGAUUGUGAAGAGAAUGUGUGACGUGUGCUACUGUUGCCGAUUCUGUAACCAUUGCUGUGCUUUCUGCUGCAACGAGCAUCUGUCAUCGUCCGAGAGCAUCUGGCUUCACAAAUCCAGCAACGCUAAUCCUGUCGUUGUUCAAAGUCUUAUUAUCAUACAAGCUGGACUUGACACCGACCGCAUACGUGACCUCAUCAAUGCCCGUGUCAUUACUGCAGAAGACAGACGCGGAAAUAAGCUGUACCCACGUUUCAGUGAAAAAAUAGUACCGUUUUGUUGUGGGUAUGCAUGGGUGGACGACUAUCAUUUUUUCAUCAACAAUCAUGUAUUCAAUGCAUCUGUUCGUUUGUCAUCGUUGGAAGAUUUACAGGAAUAUAUAUCAGAAAUGGCAUCUAAGCCCCUCCCAGAAGACCAUCCGCUGUGGGAGAUUCAAGUCUAUCACAACUUCGGCCCACAGCGAGACACGGCGCUCCUGUUCCGGAUGCACCCCAGCAUGACAGAUGGUGUCUCCAUGAUCCGCAUCCUCCAGGAGGCGCUGGUCGAUUCCCAGGGAGUCUCCCCUCCAUCAUCUCCUCUUGGAAGUGGACCAGCCUUUCUGGGAACAUUCAGAGCAUUUCUUUUCGGACCCUUGACCUUCUGUUGUAAGUACUUGUGUAUGAGGGAAGACUUCAACCUGCUACAUGGCCGCCAUGUCCAUCCAUCUGGCGACAUGAUUGUAGCCUGGUCAGCUCCGUUCAGCAUGAGAUCUGCCACACGCAUAAAACAAGUCUCCAGAUGUACGAUGAAUGAGCUUCUUAUGUCUGUCACAGCAGGAAAUGUUAGGUCGUAUCUACAAGUUAGCGGAAUAGGGAACCCUUAUGAUAUGCAGUGUGCCAUUCCAUUUGACUUUCAUCAUACAGACACGAGACAUAGGUCGGAGAUGGGGAGUAAGUAUUCAUUCAUAGUCCUACCUCUACCUACCAACACAGAAGGUGCUAUUCCACGCCUGUGGGAACUGAAAAUGACAAUGGAUCACUUCAAACGAUCUCCAGAGGCAGCAGUGAUUAAAGGCGCAAUGUGGUUCACGUCAGCCACCCUGCCCAAAUCCUUGUACAGAAAACUGUGGAACAAUAUAUAUAGCAAGUGUACAUGUCUAAUCUCGAAUCUGGCUGGUCCAGAAACCAACUUGAGAUUUGCGUCACGUGAGAUUAAGUGUGUCAUGUACUGGCUACCACCACUGGAGAAGGUGGCGGUCGCCAUUUCUUUCCUUACUUAUGGUGAUCAAAUUCGAAUGGCUGUGAUAGCUGAUCGCUCAGUGCUUCCAAACCCUGAACUAAUCACUAAGGAUUUCAUAUUCCAGAUGGAUUCGUUAUCCAAACUCCUGGCUCAUCGGCGUAUUCCUGGUGAGCAGAUUUGCCGCCGCAUGGAAUCUAUGCAGCUCCUCUCUAGCUACUCCCUCAGUGAUCUCACCGUGGAACAGAUCCAGCUGCAGAUGUCGCUAGUACAGCAGGAGCUGCAUGACCUGAAGCUGCAGCUCGAGUCGCAUUCUGCACGGAAGUUCUCCCACAACGAGGCUCAUGCCAUGAAGAAGAUCGAGCAUCUGAAGGAGCAGUUUCGAGAGAUGAUGGUCGAGCUUCGUAAGAAGAGAGCCGCAGAAAAUGAGAAUGCUGUUGUGCUGACCGACGACAUUGAUGAGGAGUUGGACACUGAUCGCCCCCAGCGGCCAUUCAGACGGCGCACGCUGUCCAUGUCCUCCCGAAUGUCCACAGCCUCUGUCUCCUCGAUGGUCCGACCCCUCUCCACAGCACCGCAGUCUGGACAGCCCUCCCCGACCCACCCCGGCCUGCCGUCAUGGCCGGGGCCAGAGAUAGAGCUGAAGGAUGUUGAGAGGUCACUGAUGAAGAAGCACCCUGGCUACAAGCAGCGGCUGUCGACAAUGGAGGAGUAUGACAUGGAUGAUGGUGCCCAGGGAAUGGACGAACGCCGUUAUCGGACUUACUGACUUUUUACAAAACUUAAUUUCGUAACUGAAUAUGUCAGUCAUUGAUAACUGACUCUCUCAGCAAAUUGGGUACUUUAUGAUUGGUCACAAAGUUACAAUCACAAGAACGAACCAGGUCACACUAUGUUUAGUAUUGACAAGCUCUGUUACAGAUAUUUUCAUCUGAAACUUCAGCUUUGACCUCUGACAAUUGUAAACUGGUAUUGUCGUUUGUAAAGUUCUGUAAGAGUUUGGCUACUUUGUGAGAUGGCUUGCUGGCUACUGUUCUGUUGUAACGAUUGUCCUAUGGAAUGACUGAAACUUGUCAGAUGAAAAUUCUAUUUAUGUUUGCUUUUAUGAAUAUGAGGGAUGGAAUCUGGCCAAUGAAGAUUUGUACAAGGUGUUAUUAAGACGGUCACAAGACAUUAGGACAGGGCUAACUGGAAGGAACAUAUCCAGUUCAUGGGAUCCAUGGGUUGGUUCUGUGGUUAGCAGGAUCUCAAACAUGACAACAGCAGGGGGCGUCUCCAUCUGUAACGAUGACAGGACUGCAGCUGAAGCUGUCUGUGGGACAACUGAACACUAACCUCCCACUCCACCACCUGUAACACACCAUUGGCUUCACAAACUGUAACGUCUCUGGGACAAGUCAACACCAUAAUCACAACACCACUGCCUGUAAAACAGUUGACUUACCAAGGAUAGGACUGUAACCCAGGCCAGCAGUGGAACAAGUGAACAGUGACCUGCAACAUGGACUCUCUGACCUAUGGGACACUGGAGCAUCUGUAGGGAGGCUCCCACCACUCCGCCCUGUCACAUGGACUCUCCGACCUAUGGGACUCUGGAGCAUCUGUAGGGAGGCUCCCACCACUCCACCCUGCAACAUGGACUCUCCGACCUAUGGGACACUGGAGCAUCUGUAGGGGAGGCUCCCACCACUCCACCCUGCAACAUGGACUCUCCGACCUAUGGGACACUGGAGCAUCUGUAGGGAGGCUCCCACCACUCCACCCUGCAACAUGGACUCUCCAACCUAUUGGACACUGGAGCAUCUGUAGGGGAGGCUCCCACCACUCCACCCUGCAACAUGGACUCUCCGACCUAUGGGACACUGGAGCAUCUGUAGGGAGGCUCCCACCACUCCACCCUGCAACAUGGACUCUCCGACCUAUGGGACACUGGAGCAUCUGUAGGGAGGCUCCCACCACUCCGCCCUGUCACAUGGACUCUCUGACCUAUGGGACUCUGGAGCAUCUGUAGGGAGGCUCCCACCACUCCACCCUGCAACAUGGACUCUCGGACCUAUGGGACACUGGAGCAUCUGUAGGGAGGCUCCCACCACUCCACCUGCAACAUGGACUCUCGGACCUAUGGGACACUGGAGCAUCUGUAGGGAGGCUCCCACCACUCCACCCUGCAACAUGGACUCUCGGACCUAUGGGACACUGGAGCAUCUGUAGGGAGGCUCCCACCACUCCACCCUGCAACAUGGACUCUCGGACCUAUGGGACACUGGAGCAUCUGUAAGGAGGCUCCCACCACUCCACCCUGCAACAUGGACUCUCGGACCUAUGGGACACUGGAGCAUCUGUAGGGAGGCUCCCACCACUCCACCCUGCAACAUGGACUCUCGGACCUAUGGGACACUGGAGCAUCUGUAGGGAGGCUCCCACCACUCCACCCUGCAACAUGGACUCUCGGACCUAUGGGACACUGGAGCAUCUGUAGGGAGGCUCCCACCACUCCACCCUGCAACAUGGACUCUCGGACCUAUGGGACACUGGAGCAUCUGUAGGGAGGCUCCCACCACUCCACCCUGCAACAUGGACUCUCGGACCUAUGGGACACUGGAGCAUCUGUAGGGAGGCUCCCACCACUCCACCCUGCAACAUGGACUCUCGGACCUAUGGGACUCUGGAGCAUCUGUAGGGAGGCUCCCACCACUCUGCCCUGUCACAUGGACUCUCCGAGGAUUCCACCACAAUGUCUACACCAACAUCAGAUGCUGAGCACAGAUAGAAUGACAAGUCCCACUUAUAUGGCAGACAGGAUGAUUUGAUCAAUUUGAAAAAAACCCAUUUAAGAUUAUAUUUCUGGACGGGCCCCAAAGAGCAAUUCCAAUAUGGAAAUAAUUUUCUUCUAGGGUAAUAUUUAGAUAUUUAGCAUCACAUUUUGGUAAUGGUAUAUGAUUAUUUAAUUGGACUCAAUUUAGGCAAGUUUGUAUCAUGUUAUGGUCAGUGUGGAGACAUAGAAUUAUCAGUGGACAGUGGGUGAAUGAUGAUGCACAUCUGAAUGUGGAAAGUCUAGACUGGAGGCACAUUAUCAAUACAUAGUGCAGUGAUGCAGAGAGUCAAACUCUUUGAGCUGACUGUGAGUGCAAUAACAAUUACCCCAACAGGAGGAGAGAUCUGUGGUGCAGAAGGGUGACACAACAUCACCCCGCACGACGUCCCCCCGCACUGGGGAGUGACCUGGAGAUGGGACAUACACUUGAGAUCUGUCAUUCAUUACAAUGUGGGAUGAGGCAGGGUCACUAAAGGGAAAUGUCGUGAAACAAAUCGGGUAUGGGAGGUUAAAUAAUGUUAUAACUAAACAAAAUCUUAGAGAUAUAAAUAAUGGGUUUUUUAUCAGACAAAGUUUACCGGUACAUAAUGUUUACUCAAGGGAACUCAGAUCUGUUGAACAAGGAAUGGAAUUUAGCAUUGCUAAUGUUUUGAUUUUAAUAUUUAUGUCACUGCUUUUGAAUUUACCAUCCUUUAGCAAGGUCAUGAAAAAAUAAACAAGCACAUGGAGAGGGUGGAGUCAUGUUGGUAGACUCUCAGCUGAAAUGAAAGCUCGCUCACUCCACAGCCUAACAUCAGUGACACGGCCCCAGGUGGGUCUGUGUCUCCUCCGUCUCUCGCCAUCACACUGUACAUACACUGUCUAUAGGCUACAGUCUUGGGUAAUACUCGUGUGACAUUUGUGGUAAUUAUAACACUUUCUGAUGUAUAUUAUUGUUUGAGUAUUUCUAUCAUAAGCACAGAAACUAUUGAAAUCAAUUUGUGUCCUACAUUGAACAUUAUGACAAGAGGAGAUUGUGCCAUGCAGUGUCCUGUGGCCGAUAUUGGUGGCUAACAUGACAGUGAAGACAGCCAUCCCCUGGCACAGAUGAUGUCCUGAAACUUCUACAGCUCAAAACAACCAACUAAAUGGUGUAGUGCACAGCUAAUCCCCUGCCUCUUACCUGUGGUUUGCUGGACAGGGUGCCCUGGUUAGGUCAUAAGCUUAACAAGGUAGCAAAGACUAAAUUGACAUAAGUCAUCAUGUUUUACCACUUCAGUAAAUUAGGGCAAAUCUCUGAUGUGAACCCAUCAUUAAACGUUCUUGGCAUGGCUAAGGGAAGCAACUCUGCCUGUCUCCAAAAUGGAAACUAUGUCAGGCAGAGUUUUUAAUGACUGGGUUCAUGGAUCCACUGACUAAAAAUUUCAUAAAUUUGGAGUAAAAUACAAUAUGAUAAUAAUUCUAUUUUUUUCGUGGAGCCAAGUCUAUCUAAUUUAGUAAAGAAAAAACAAACCUUUAGUGUGGGUCAAUGGGAUAAGCUUUAACAUGUAUUUUUAGUGAGUGAGUGAGUAUGGUUUUACGCCGCUUUUAACAAUAUUGCAGCAAAAUCACGGCAGGGGACACCAGAAAUGGGCUUCACACAUUGUACCCAUGUCGGGAAUCGAACCCGGGUCUUCGGCGUGACGAGCGAACGCUUUAACCACUUGGCUGUAUUUUUAGAGAUCACUUCAAAUCAUAGGUUUUGUUUAGUUCCAACAAAAACGCUGUAAAGCAAUUAAAAUAGGCCUUAAAAUCAGCUUGACGGGACUGAAGGAAACUCACUUUGUCCUUGCACAAACAACUGGCCCAUAGUGUGCUCUCCUCACUUCUUCCUGAUGGGGUCUCUCCUGCCAUCUGCAUCCCACAGCUGCACCACUCUCAGUACUCAGCACAUGUCAACUGCACAGCUUGAAGUGAGAAGAAACAUUACAUAUCUAUCAAUUUGCUCACACGACUAGCCAAUUUCACCUGAGAAUUUAAUAUCUUGUCUUUAACAAAAUUGGAUGCCAUGCUGUGUUAGAAAUUACCAUGAAAGCUUUAUCUGCCAAGCUGUCAGGCCUCUACAACCUCAUGAACAGGAACACCCUUAGACGUACAUCUAGUCUCUGCAAUGAACAUAUUUUACAGAAAAAAACAGUUGUUAAAUUAUGGUUAUAAAAUAUAAUAAAAAGGAGUCCAGAGACUUUCUUCAUUUUCAGAUACUGCAGUAAUCUAGACAUGCCAAACAUUAUAGACUUGCAUGGGCUGUGUUGGAUAUAUUUGUUUCAGGGUCUGUAUGACAGAUUAGAACACUCUUGAAAAGUAGGUUUUCUGUUCUAGGUUGUGAUGUGAAAAUCACAAAUAACAGCAUUUCAUAAAUAAAAACAAAAUGCAGGGCAACUGGUCUUCAAUGUGUGUAUACUUUUUUAGUUUUUUGUAGCCAUGGGGUAGCAUUAACUUCUGCUGCUAGGAUACAUAUACAAGAUAAUGAGAAUGGACUUGAACCCUGCCUGGAUUAAACUGUCUGCCUCAAUAUCCCUAUGUACAUCUCCCUGAAGGCAAUGGGCUGACUGACUGAACACCUUGGGUAUUCUCCCUUACACCCCUAUGGUUGAUGAUCAUUUUAACUGGGAAGAACUCCCAAAUUGUGUAUCCUCUUCCGACAAAUGUGUUUUUCUUUGGAUGCAGAUGAAACUCAUCCAAAAUUUGGAAAAAGAAAUUUGUGAAAAUGCAGAGAUUUAUAGAAAAUAGGCUUUAUUUUAUUUUUUUCUGAUUAUAUUCUGUUGAAAAUUUUAUCAGUCAGGGCUCUUGUUCAGGGUGGUGGUUUUCUUUUGUGGGUGUGGGUGAAUCUAAUACCAAUCCUAAAACAUUUUCAUCUUUUUUUUAAAUUUUUUAAUUUUGACCAAGUAUAUAUGCAAAAAAAAUAUGCAAAACAAGAAAGCACUGGUAAGACCAAUAUCUUUGAUACAUUUAUGAUUUAAUAAAGGAUUUAAUAGGUGUUACUUCAAAGGUUUUGUAUUUCAGAACCAUAUCAAAACCUCCAGUUUUUUAACUACACCAAAGCAGCAUUGUAAGAGAUUGAUGGAAUUUUUACCAAGAAUCUUUGUGUUUAUUGCAAAUUUAGGAAUUAAAGUCUUGUGUGUCCAAAAGCUAACUAUGCUGUGAAUAUAACUGGAACACUGUUCAAAGCGGCAUUAAACACAACUCACUCACUAUAGGUAACUUGAGAGAGGGCUACAGAUUUAUUUGACAUUCAUAUUUCAAGGUAUCAACAUGUGCAAUCAGUGGUGUGUGCAAUAUAGACGAUGCUUCAGCUAAGCCUGGUAUGGACGGCAGCCUUAAUUUGUGGGGGGAAAUGUAAGACAUGACUGCGUCAAUGUUUUCUGUUUUCAAAGUGGGGGUUGGGGAUCUUCAAAGAAGAAGUGAGUUGCUAGCAAGGUAUUUAGACUUAUCACCCCCCAAGAUUGUUUUAUCCUGAACCCCUUCUGUCACUGUCAAGGACUGUCAGCGUACAACUUUUCAGCCUGUACUUUUCAGAGAAUUGGAAUCAAUGUACGCUGUAAUUGUUUAAUAUAUGUGUGAACAGUUCUUAACUUAAUUAAUGACAAUUGGUUUUUUUGUGAUGUCAUGUCCAGAUUUUGAAAUUUUAGAGCUUCAAGAGGUUUCUCAAUUUUGCUUUUUGUUUUAUAUGAACAAUAUUUAUGGCAUUUGUUGGCAUUCAAAGUUCUUGGGCAUUUGUAAAGAGGACAAUCCCAACAUGGCUGUUUGACAGAAAUAGAUUCAUCAGAAUAUAUGCAAGAAGAACAUGAUGAUAAAGGUUAUGCAGUGCCAAUACAGCCAGUCACCAGUCUAUGUGAGAAGGCUAUAGGGAAUAUUCAGUGUAAUGUAUAUGUUUACACACAAGAUGGUGGCAUCGGCAUUGGCUGUGAACUUCAGUGAAAUUGGCUGGCCUUAAACUAACAUCCUUUGCAGUCAUAACAAAAUAUAAGUCCAAGGCCAUAUAAAAAGGAUAUACUGAACACAUCUGAUCCAGCGCCUUCAGAUUGGAGGAAAUUACUUGUAAAACUUUGUACUGAACAAUCCUCAUCUGUAAGUUCUGAUUUUUUCUUACCCUUAAAUCAAAUACAUAAACUUUUUUCCCAAUAUAUUUAUUUUUUUAAUUUUAAUAAAAAUUGUCAUAUAAAAUAUACUGAAUGGCAAAAGAAAUAUCACUUCAUGAGAAUACUCCAUGAAAGUUUCCCAUUGAAAUAUCAAUGCUUGUUUUGAAGUUCUCUCGUUAGUGACAUUAGUUCACAAAUUUAAUGUGAACGAUGAAAAAGUGACACAAAUAUGGAUAUGAUAGGUCACCAAAACACAGCUUAACAUACGACCAUGGUACAAAGCCCUGAAUGCUUUCCAUGAAAAUAAAAAUAAAUUCACUUGCAUUUCCUUGUCCCUUUCCUGAUAAAUGGCACCCCAGUACGUGGAUCCAACAUUCUUGUAUCAAUAAUAGCGCCAUGCCAAGACUUAUGAAGAAACUUUCAGGAUGUGACUUUUCUUUUACAGUUCAGUAUACAUGUUGCCUCCAUAUCGGCAUGUACCCCAGGAACACAACCCAUGUUAUUUGUCAUGUUAUAUAUAUCAUACAGUAAAAAUUUGGAAUGAAAAGAUCUUGCACAAUGCUAAAUUCUGCACAUGAUCUUGUCAACAUUUCAUGUUGUUUUUUCUGUAUCUAAAUAUGUGGCCAAAUAUAUUACUGAAGUCUGUUCUUGACUUAAUGAUUGUUUGAUGUGUUUAAAAAGUAAUGACUCAAUUUGACAUUGACUGUUAAGUGGUUGUACAGCAAUGAUGACGAUUGUACACACAUAUAUGCAUUAUCAUCAAAGUCUAGGUUUUGUAGGUUACCGAUGCCUGAAUGUAUUAAUUUUGAAUGAUGUGUGCUGAUGCUUUGAUUGUUUAAAUUUAUGGCAUUUAUUUGCUUUUGAAAAUUUGUUUUCAAUAUAAACAUGUCUUAGUCUUGCGAUCUGUAAUAUUGUUCUUUAAAGAAUUUAUAACAUGCUGAACCUUUGGGGGAUACCUUUCACCUCUUUUAUUCACUGUUUUCUGAACUAUACUGAACAAAAAUAGUUAGGGAUCAUGAAUAUUUAGGGGGAUAUGUAUUUUAAGUGGAGACUAGAAAACAAUUCAAUAAAAAUACUCCUACCCCACUCAGACACAGUAGACUGACUCUGAGCUGACCAGUCCUUAUUUAAGCCCCUUAAUGCCGAGUGCCAGACAAGGUAACAAGAAGUACCAUCUUUUAACGCCUUUUGGUAUGACGCGGCCUGGGAUCGACACCCGGACCUAAUAAAUAUUCAUGAUCCCUAACUUCUUUUGUUCAGUAUAUUUCUGGAUUUUCGAAACCAUUAUGUGUGUACUUGACUGCAGCUAAAUGUUCAAUUACCAGUAACAUAUUUGUUAUGCAGAUGUAGGUUUCAGAGUGUUCAAUUGUUAGUUGUGGCAUCAUGUUGACGUCAAGGGAUGCUGUCGGUUUGUUAUUGUGGUUCUGUCUUGCUUCCCCCUUGUAGACACUUUACAAUCAUUAGGCUCAGUUUUAUUUUUAGAAUAUUGCUAUGUUUUCAAACCGUUACAUUUUUCAUUAUGUACAGGGCUUUUGAAAAUAUGCCACAAAUCUGAACAUACGCCAUGAAACUAAGUCAUACAUAUGUCACAAGGCAUUCAUGUUGUUUAUUCCAAAUCUGAAAAUGCAGAAAGAAUGUUUCUUACCUAACUUGGGGGGGGGGGGGGGGGAUAGAUAUCUUGACGUAGCGACCUGUUUGGUGUGAAUGUACAAUCAAGUUCAAGUUAUUCUUUAAUCGAUCUCAUCAAAGCCAUUUUAUUUUUACGACCUACUUGUUUAUUUGUGCAUUUAAUUGUGGGCAACAACACAAAUAAUCUUUUUACAUCUCACAGUUGUCUUGUAAAACCUGUGCUGCAGGUAUGGUGGUAAGAUGUGCAUGUGCUGAUCGCCACAAGGGAGGUAACUCUGUCAUCUUGUGUGGCAUGUAUGCAAAGGUUUCAUAGACAGUAGUGAGAAUGUGGGAUUGUGUGAGAAUGCGCCAUAAUACUGCAUUGUGCAAUUAUCUAUGACAAUUUGGAUUUGUCUGUAUCUUUGUAAAUAUAAAUAACUUAUUGUGUAAAUAACUGUUGAGAGUUGGAAUACUCGUAUUUACCUUUAGAAUUUACCAGUGUUUGAUAUUUUGUCAGUUAUUACCAUUUUGGUUUGAUUAGAGUAUGUUAUUGUGGUUUUGAAGAGUUUAUUUUAAGUUGAAUCACCAGAGUAGAUAAAAGGGAUGUGUUUCACA